AUGCCUUACGGCUCUCGUUUUGGCUACAGAACUCCACCGCCGGAAUUCGCGAAGUCUUACGUCGAGCCUCUAUCACCUGUCAUCGGCCCUACAAUGCCUCCCUCUUCUAGGAACGAUGAGCCUCCUCCACAACAAGUGCCAAACACUCUUCCGCCCCCCCCUCCGCCUCCUCCUACAGCGUCUCUUUCUUCCGUCCCUCCUCGACAAUCACUAUUUUCGUCGUUCUCCACGUCUUCGCGCUAUAACAUGGAAAACACCCCCGUGGACUACGAUCCUAUGCAGAUGUUCGCAGACAUUGCGCUCUCAACUGCUCCCCCAAGCUUUAUGGCUUCACGGUCACAGUCGGCUUCGCACGCGCCUACGGCAGCACUGCCCUCUAAUUUGCGCUCUUCUCCCAUUACCUCCUCGUCGAACACGAGCGGUGUUCUACCCGCAACAUGGUCUGCCGACGGGUAUCCGAUGCGAAAUGGAAGCUACAAUACCGCUUACCCCCCGCAGAAUGUCCACGCGAUGAAUAAUGAUAGCUUUCAUACAGCGUAUAUUUUUGAGCGCCGAACAUCCGCUACUCGCUUAGAGCCGCCGAUGAAGUCACCGGUGAUGGUCAAGACCCCCGCACCCGGAGGCGAUAGCUACCUUCAUUCUGCCCCGCCACUCGGCCGGGCAGCUUCCCCGCGUUCUCAACAGCUAUCAUUCCCUCUGGUCACUGCGAGUUACAGGUCGGAACGUUCAAAUAAGGGGCGGGCAAAGAAAGAUGCGAAAGAAAAUACCACCCCAAAAGAUACGGGCACCGGAAAGGGUGCGGGGUCAUCGCGUGAGGGCCGCGGAUCGCGUAAUACUUCUUCCCGUGGACGUGGCUCCGCUUCAAGUCGCCAGAACUCUCGCAAGAGUCGUGCUCGCGCUUUGAGUCCUAUUAAAGACAUUGCCGAGACUGAGAAGCCCUCCCAGGCCAAGGCCCAGCCGGCAGAGAGCAAGAUCUCGAAUGUGAUAACUGUCAAUGGUGGGGUGCCUCAAACCUCCCCAAUACGGCAGAACUGCUUGACGACGGCUGCAAUUGAGUCGACGGAUCCACCGAGCCCUUCGCCCGCGUAUUCACCCUUUCCUUCUCGUCCCAAUUCGCCGGUUUAUGAACCUCCAGAAGCAAUCCCACUCGAUUCCGAAGAUGUUAUUCGUGUCAAAGGACCUUCAUCCAGCGUCGCUAUUACCGAACAUGUUCCGGUGGUGAAAGAACCUGAGAAUACACCCGAUGCUCAGCUGGCUGCUGAAGACAGUGUAAUGAAGGAUCUGGAAGAGUCUAUUGUAGUAGAAGCCCCAGUUGAUAGAAACACCAGUGAAGUCCUUGAUAAAGAGUUGGCUUCUAAGUCCACAGAGGAGGAAAAGUCUAUUUUUAGCAAACCAUCACCUGAUAGUGGUGCCAUCGAGCCAAGUCAAGAACAGAUUGAGGCUUCUAAGCAGGAAAUUUCCAUAUCAGAGGAUGUGGAGAUGCAACAAAAUAUUGCUGAAGAGAUGGAAAUAUCAACCCCCCAUGAUAAUUUACCAGCCAUUGAACCAAUUGUAAACGACGCCAUACCUAGCUCGAUUUCUCCGAAUGAGGAAGCAGUAUCAACUGAAGAGAUCGCCGAGAAAGCCAGUGGGGAUAUCCCUACCCUUGAUGUUCAGCCAAUGAAUACCGAGGUAGCAGAGGAGGUUGAAGAAGAUUUUGUCAUCAAAGAGAAUGAAGAUUUUGAAUUCGCUCAAGCUAUUGGUGACGAGCCAAUUUUUGGUCUUGGCGACUCCUUGAACAAUGGUCUUCCUGUGACUGCAUUUGAUUCUUCCCAAGAAGCUGAACUCGGAGGUUCCUCUGCUGCCGGCCCUGAACCAAUUCAGGAAGAGCUUAAGCAGCUUUCCAUCCUAUCACCAUCUGGCGAGUUGUCUCGUGAACCAGGGGAUCCUGAUAACGAGAUAUGUGGAGAAUGUGAUACGAAGUAUCGGGAUUCGUUUGGUUUUAGACUUGAUCAAGUUGCCUGGAUUGGGUGUGAUGGUUGCGGGAAGUGGUAUCAUUCUCACUGCCUGAAAUUGGACGACACAACAGUAAAGAGAAUCGAUAAGUUCUACUGCGCUCCCUGUGAGCCUAAGUAUGGCAAAUCUACAAUGAAACGGACAUCAACUCGUGCUACAACGGCGAUUGAUUAUAACGCUCUCCACAACGAAUCUUCUGCUCCAAUCAAAAACCCUAAUGACAGUAAACUUCACCCUUACGUGGCUAUAAUUCGUGAUCGUACGCACACUUUCGCUGCCGAUACACUCCCUCGACUACGGCCUGAGCAAGUUACUGUUGAGUUCAUUGACGACAUGCCAACCGGAUGGAAUCAGCCUUUUGUUGUUCCGGCAACCGAAAAUCCUGCUCCCUGGAUUGAUCUCAGCGAGGACAAUAAAUCGAAAAGUGAGCAGCCACUAAUCGAACAGUCCUCAAGUCAGCAGCCACCACGUGAGCCACCACGUGAGCCACCACGUGAGCCACCACGUGAGCCACUACGAAGUGAACAAGAUUAUCUCAAUAUGUCAAUUACUCCCGAGCCUGGCUUCCCUGAUGUUCCAGCUGAGAGCCAUCCUGUGCAACUACCAGCGCCGCCGGCUCCUCCACGCUCUCCAAUCGCGAACCAGGACCCGAGGGGUAGUAAGAAAGGCAAAGGGAACUCCCCAGAAAUGACCCUUGAGAAUGGCGACUUUGACCAGAAAGAAGUCAAUCGUAUUAAGAAGACUCUAGUCGAAGGCGAGUAUGAUGUCAAGGAACGCCGCGAGGGAGCCGACUGCCUCGACAUGAUCAUUCCCAAGGGCCUGACUGUUCGCAAGGUUGGGGAACUUAUUGGAGCGCAAAUGAGAGUUGAGAUGAUCAACGUCCUCCGUCAGUCUACCACAAGGGAUGAUAGGUGGAAUAUGGAGGAGUUGGUCAGUUACUUCGAGAGUAAAGAUCGCAAUGAUAUCUACAACUGCAUCAGUUGUGAGGUGACAAAUACUCCACUCGGGGAGCAGAUUUCACGGCCGGAGGUUGUCAGGAAGUUAGAUCUUUCCGAUAAAGUCUGGCGUCGAUCAAAUGAGAACGAUGUGAAGCCGCACGUGGGGAAAUAUGUUCUCAUGUCCGUUGCAGAUUCUUUUACCGAUUUCCACAUUGAUUUUGCUGGUUCAUCAGUGUUUUAUCACAUCUAUGAAGGUCAAAAGGUCUUCUUGGUCCUUCCACCAACCGAAAAGAAUCUAGAGAUUUACGAGCAGUGGUCCAUGAAUCCCGAUAUGAACACAACUUUCUUCCCUCGUUUGUGUGAUGAUCCGUGCAUGCUUGUCACACUUAAUAAGGGAGAUACGAUGUUCAUCCCAUCUGGGUGGAUCCACGCUGUGUACACCCCAAAAGACAGUCUUGUCAUCGGUGGCAACUUCCUCACCCGCAGCCAUUACACUAAACAGAUGGCCAUCCAAAAGAUCGAGGUCGUGACCGAUACCAAGCUUAGCCAGCGCUACCCCAAAUACACAACUCUUAUGUGGCACACUUUGUAUUAUUAUCUCACCAAAGAUCCUAUCCCCGUGGAAAUUGACAAGGCCCUCGCACAUGGUCGUGUCCUCAGGCAAAAGACGGCUCGGGCUCAGAAAGGAAGGCCGGUGUACACUCGGCAAGAGCUCGAAGGCCUUCCCGACCUCUGCAAUUUCUUGCUUAGAACCGCCUUGAUUUCUUGUGGCUCUAUCAAAACUUCUCUCCGCCCCGGAAGACCGACUUUAACUGCCAGACAAGUCGACGCUGUCAAGCGUGCAAUUCCCCCUCCUUGCAGCGACAAUCCUUUGGAAUGGAUCAAGAGAUUUGGUCGGUGGUGUAUCUGGAAGCGUGUAGCACACAAGAUUGAAGCAAUCGGCGAGAGAGUUCCUGAGUGGGCACAAGGGAAAUGGAUCCCCGAGGAGACGGUGAAGAGAGGCCCAAGCAAAGCAGAAUUAAAGAGACUUGAACGCUUAAAGAUCGAGGAGGCCAGGAGGGCUGAAGCGCCAAGGCGAGAAGGUCUAAGGGUCCGGAUGAGAGCUUCCACUACACCUGGAGAUAGCGAGUCCAGCGGGGAAGCAUCUGCAUCUAAAUCACAUGGAAACACCAAAACACCCAAGAAACUCAAGCGCAAGGGUGAAGCCGAUAUUGAGUCUUCAAACAAGAAGAGAGGUCGCCCAAAUAAGACGCCCGCUAAGACACCCACCGGGUCCAAGAAAACAACCAUCGAAGACUCCGCCAAGAAACGCAAGACUAAAGGGAAAUCUAGCCACACAGUCGAAGGGGGCGAUGGUGAAUCGUUUACUCUUAAGGAUGGUUCUAUCUAUGUGGCUAAGGAGUCAAACCUCGGACCAGCCAGGGCUGGCUGCCAGAACUGCCGGAUGAAGAAAACUGGGUGCAAGCACAAGGCCGAAAUCGCUGAGCUUGUCGCCUUGUUGGAAGCUAAUGGGGGUGUUAUGCCAGCCGCAGGCGACUCGGAGAAAGGAAAAAGUAAAGCGACGGUCAAGAAUGAGGUUGAAGACGAUGCCCCGCGCGAACCAGAGGAGGGGGCCCAACCUGAAGCUGAAGAUGAAGUCCUUCGUGAGGCUGAAGAUAGGGACCAGCGCGAGGAUGAGGCAGAAGAUGAAGGCGGCGAUGAAUCUGAUGUUGAGGAGGAAAUUGGAAUGGGGAAAGACAAGGGGAAACUUCUGGAUCCUCUGAAAUCAAUCCCGAUCUCCGACAGAAUCACUCCUACGCCAGGCCCGGAAAACGAGGACGAAAACGAUUUUGUACAAGAUUCAUCUGGUGUAGGUUCAAGCAAUGGUCAAAAACGGGCUAGAACCGAAGGUGAUGAUCAUGAUAUGGAACUUACCCCGCCUAAGAAAGCCAGGGGUUCCAAAGAUUCCACUGGGGUUUCUGGUCGUCCUGCUGGAUUCCAAGGAAGAAAGCCUUCUUGCGAGGAGUGCAAGGCCCUCAAGACCAAAUGCCAUCAUGAUACUUGGCACCUCGCAAAGGUUAAGACUCCUAGCGCUAAGCCUUCAAGAAGUAGCGCCAGGAGAAACUCUACAAUCAUGCCUGCCAAGGUCACCACACCGGGUACUGCUAGUCGUGCGAGGAGGGAUUCUACCAUUAAUUCUACAAACCUUGGUGUCCCUUCUGCUUCUAAACCUGCCAAGGUUUCCGCAAGAAGAAAGUCUGCUCCUGCUGCCUCGAGAAGGAAGUAUGCUGUUGGAUCCCGCGCAUCCGAUCCUUGGCGCUCGCUGGGAGAUGAUUCUAGUCGCCCUUCUAGCUUCCUGCCCGGCUCUCAAGGUGAUGAGGCGAUUGUUGAUGAUGAGCAGGAAGAGCUGGAAGAUGUUAUCGUGUGCAAAAAGCCAAUGAUGGUGACGUCGGCAGUCAAAGUUACCGCCUCCACCAUUGUUCAAAAUGAUACUCCACCUCCAGCGACUCCAGCUCUCACUUCAGUCAUCGUUGCCUCAGGACCUCCCUCCACCCCCGCAAAAUCCAUUCCCCCUGUCGCCCUCUCCUCAACCAAUACUUCGCCACUUACCGAGAACGAAUUUGACUUGGACCUUUCCAUCUUAGAUGAACAGCUUCCGUAUAAAUCGCGUUCCCGCAGUUCCAACACCCCGGAUGACCCCACCAUAAUGGCGCCGCCUGUCGAUUUUGAUGACGAACCUGUUGCUGCGCCAGUAACUCCCACUCCUGCCGCUGUUACCAUUGAGGUCACCCCGGCUGCCCCUACCACCAAUACAACAUCCAAUGCUGUGCCGGCUAAGUACCCGAACCCAGCGUAUAGGAUUCAUAAACCUAAGGUUACCUAUAACCGAAACAAUAAGAACUACAAGAAAAAGGCAGAUGAGGAGGAGGAUGUCCUUAUGGAAGGUACGGCGGACACAAAUAGUCCUAAAGUGGCCAAGACCGGACCAUCAAUGUCUCCAGCAGCCGAGAAGAAGUCUAGCAGUGGCACUUCAGUCAACGGAGGUUCUGAGGUUGUUGAAGAUGGUGAUAUCAGUGUAGAGGAGCUUAAGAGACUAGGAACUGCAGCGGAUUUUGGGUUGAGGCGGAGGGCUGGAUCAUAA